AUGGCCCCUCUACGCGGCCUUCCACCCCGAUCCGCGCCACCGCGAAAAUCAAUCCUAAAGACAUCUUCCAGCCCCGCCACAGCCACAGCGGAUACAGAUUCUCUCUUCCCAUCCUCCAAGAAAGACAAACGCCGGAUCAAACAUGCUUUGCUUCUAGACCGAGUCACCAAGUCUUCAGCCAAGAAGCCCAAACGAAGACGGCCGAACAAGAAACUAGUCACGACUCUCGGUGCCUUGGCCGACGCUCUUCCCAGCGCUGAUAACGAUGGUGAUUCUGUACCCGGCACAAAUGGGCCGGCGGGAUCCCGCCCACAGGACCAAAUCAACAUCAUCAAGCGCAAGAGCAUGAAGUCCAGGCCUGGCGCCCUGAAACGGAGAGAAAAGCUGGACAAGGGCGAACGGGACCGCUUCGCUAAGAACAUGGCGCAACUGGCUGCUUCGAAACCCGCGGCUUCGUCUGGGCAAGCCGCCUCUGAACAGAAGUCAACUGUGCCCUCUGCGAGUGAGCGGUUGGCGGCGCUGCGAGGAUUCAUUUCGCAGACUCUCGAGACGAGGCCGGUCUUGAAGAGCAUGACAGCGACAACGACAGCGACAACGAAAUGA